AUGCCCCCUCAGCGCCCCUCUGCUCCUCAAACCCCCGCCUCCAAGCACAGUCGAGAAUUGAAGCCUGCAAGAAGAGUCGUAUGGAUCAGGAAUCCCCUGGACAUACUGGCAGAUGCUGUAGACAUUCUCGAUCGGACGAGUCCGCCUCGUGUUGAGGGCAGGGGUAUUCCUUGUGACGUCCCGGCAGAACGACGACGUCCUCGCUAUCACGACCUGCCGUUUACGCCCCCUUCCAGCACACACGCUACACAGCGUCCUCGUAUCGUGGCAUCCGACACCACUUCCCGCCUCUCCAAGCGCCUCCACCAUGCAACGCUCGCUCCCUUAUCUCCUGUCGCCGCCCACCUCCAACCCACCAGGCUCCUUCGCAGUCCCGAGAUCCACAAAUUCGGGUCUCGUAGAUCAGAGGGAAUUAGGAGGGAGACCCUCGUGCAGUCUACCCCACCCUUACACAUCAACGAGCGGGCCCUAUCCCUCUCCACCCCCUUGUUCUCCUGA